ACACGAAGCCGCGCCGACGCGGGCAGCGCCGGGCAGCCUUCUGUUUGAAGGGAGGCGCUCCUUCCACGAAGCGCGCGCCAGGAGCUCAUAACACUGGGAAGACAAAAUGGGCAAGGAGGAGGCCGACCCCGAUAAUAUUGUGGAGCACGCCGGCUACUCCGACGAGUCGGCGAAGGAGCUCGAGCAGCACAAGGCCAUCAACAAGCUCGAUGUCGGCAAGGACUUCGCGGGGCCGCGGUCCGAGCGCAAGUGCACCGAUGUUUUAUGGCUCCUCAUUAUCAUCGCGCACUGGAUCGCCGUGACGUGGCUCGGGAUUAUUGCGUUUGGCUGGGUCGAGUCCCCGGCCAUCGGCCAGGGCCGGCCCUACAUCCUGACGAAUUGGAUCGACCACAACGGCUGGAUCUGCGGCAAGGAGGGCCACGGCGGCGCCGUCGAGUCCAAGCCCUACCUCUACUACCCGAACCCGACGGGCAGCGAGUGGAACGUGGCGCUCUCGGGCCCGUCCCUGGGCAAGCUCCCGCCGUCGGGCUACGGCUUCUGCGUCCACAAGUGCCCCGAGAACAACCUGGAACUGGUUUACGACUACACGUCGUGCGAGGACGGCGUCUGCGACAGCUGGGCGGCCUACGAGACUUUUGACUUCGUGAGCUACUGCAUCCCGGACGGCUCCGCCUACCUGAACAUCGACACGGGCAUGACGGACGCCAACGGGACGGCCAUCUCAGAAAGACAAGACCCCGAACUCACCGACGACGCGCUCGAGGAGAGCACGGGCGCGGUCUUCAAGUGGUUCCAGGAGCUGCUGUCGGACCUCAUCGUCACGAAGGUGCCGUGCGCCAUCACCGGGUUGGUCCUGCCCUUCGUCUGCGGCUUCCUCUACAUGCGUCUGCUCCGGGUGCCGGGCGUGCUCUUCACGAUCGUCUGGGGCACGAUCCUCAUCGUGUUCCUCGUGAUGCUCGCGCUCGGGGCGCUGCUCUACGCCCAGUACGAAAGCUACGCGCGCGUCGACGACGAUGUGGUGGAUGCGGAGAACGACACCUACGAGCUGGCGUCGCAGAUCCUCGCCUACAUCUGCUGGUUCUGCGCCGCGCUCUUCUUCUGCGCCGUCUGCUGCAUGCGGCGCCAGAUCAUGCUGGCCAUGGGCGUGGUGAAGGAGGCCGCCAAGGUUGUGAAUUCUAUGAUGCUCAUCGUGAUGCUGCCGAUCGUCCAGGGUAUUGGGAUUACCAUCUUCCUGGUCGUGUGGUUCAUCUACAUCGUCUUCAUCGCGACGGCCGGGGAGAAGAACUUCAUCGAGAAAGAUUCAAAAGGGAGCUUCUACAACAGAGGUAAAAAUUCGUUCGGCAUGGAACUGCCGGACAAGCUACCCUACCACACCUUCGAGGUCACCGAGAACCAGGAGAGCGCCCUCUGGUUCAUGCUCUUCGACCUGUUCUGGACGAUGGAGUUCGUCGAGGCCCUCGGGCAGAUCAUCGUCGCCACCGCGGCCGCUACGUAUUACUUCACGCGGGACCGGUCGACGAUCGGCAACUCGACCGUCGUCUUCGCGGCGCGGCACGCGACGUGGUACCACGCUGGCACGGCGGCCUUCGGUUCGUUCAUCAUCGCCGUCAUCAAGAUCAUUAAAGCGAUCCUCAUGUACAUCCAGCGCAAGUGCGAGAACGCCAUCGACGCGACGGGCGACGGGCCGGUCCAGCGCAUGCAGAAGAAGAUUGCCAGGGUCGUCUUCUUCUGCUUCCAGUGCUGCAUCUGGUGCCUCGAGAAGUGCAUGAAGUUCAUCAACAAGGAGGCCUACAUCCAGACGGCCAUCUUCGGGCACCCCUUCUGCACGGCCGCGCGCAAGGGCUUCUUCCUGGUCUUGCGGAAUUUGAGGCGCGUGGCGGCGCUGGAGACGAUCGGCGGCGCGAUCUUCUUCAUCACGAAGCUCAUGAUCGCCGCGACCUGCGCCCUCGUGUGCUACAUCUGGCUCGGCCAGGCCUUUACCGAGGAGACGCACUCGAUCGUCUACCCUACUUUACUGGUCGGGCUCCUCGCCUACAACCUGGGCGACAUCUUCGUCGACGUCGUGGACAUGGUCGCGGACACGCUGCUCAUCUGCUUCAUCGCCGACGAGGAGAUCUACGGCAAGAACUCGGCGGAGUGCUUCGCGCCCGAGGGUUUGCGCAAGUACAUCAACUCGCACCAGAGCGACGCCGCGAACCCGGACAUGAUCGCGACGUCCUCGGACCAGGCCUGAGCAGGUCGUUCCUCCCCCCCGCGCGGCACUCGCUUAAGUGCUAUUUUACCC